UGUUUCUAAAUUAGUAUCUUCUCACUCUUUCGCUUUCUUCUCUUCUCUCUCUGUCACCCGUGUUUGCUGCGUAAAUCACUUCCUCUAACACGCCGUGCUUCAUGGAACAGUCCAUGUAUGCAGUCGGAGGGGGGAGGGGGCCCUGAGACAUGAGUUAUAGAUGAAUAAGCCAUUCUUCUGAUUACAUUUUUGCGUAUGGGUUCAUUAGAAAAACAUAAUAACUAACCACAAAGUUAAGACAAAUUAGCAAUGAUACUAAUUCUUCAACUAGAUUUUUUUAGGGCAUUUAUGGGACCCUAUGCCUAAUGGUUUAGUCCGCGACUGACUACACUUGUUUUACAGGACUGAGGUGAAUUCCUGACCAUAAAAACAACAACUUUGAAGUUAUGUCACCAACCCCGAUUCUCCUCGACUGUUUUCUGUGUGAUUGACACUGACUAAUAACAUCCUAACAAGUGGGAAACUGAGAGAGAAGUUUCAUCUCUGUGAUGGCUGCUCAGUUCAGACAGUCAGCUCAACAGAAAGCAAGCAGCAAACCAGGAAAAGUUCCCUGUGACGUCUGCACUGGAACCGUACUGAAGGCCCAGAAGUCCUGCCUGGUGUGUCUGGUUUCUUACUGUGAGGCUCACCUGGAGCCUCAUCUGACAAUGUCAGGUCUGAAAAGACAUCAGCUGAUCGCCCCCAUGGAGAACCUGGAAAGCCGGAUGUGUGAGAAGCACGACAAACUGCUGGAGCUGUUCUGCAAGAACGACCAGAUGUGUGUCUGCAUGCUGUGCUUAAUUGAAGACCACAAGAAACAUGAUGUUGUUCCUCUGAAAGAAGAAUAUAAAGGAAAGAAGGCCAAGCUGGGGAAGACAGAGGCUGAAAUUCAGCAGAUGAUCCAGAAGAGACGACAGAAGAUUCAGGAGAUCAAACAUUCAGUGGAGCUCAGUGAUAAGAAUGCAGAGAGAGAGAUCACAGAAGGUGUUCAGGUCUUCACCGCUUUAAUGGAGACUGUGCAGAGAAACCUAAACAAGCUCCUCGACACAAUCAAAGAGAAGCAGAGGAAGACAGAGAAACAGGCUGAAGGCUUCAUCGAAGAGCUGGAACAGGAAAUCUCUGAGCUGGAGAAGAGUAGCACUGAGGUGAAGCAGCUCUCAGGCUCUAGAGACCACCUCCACCUCCUCCAAAACUUCACAUCACUGAACGCUGCUCCAUACACCAAGAACUGGACUGAAGUCAGAGUCCAUCCAACUUCAUAUAAGGGGACUGUGGUGAGAGCUGUGAGCCAGCUGGAGGAGACGAUCAGUGAACAGAUGAAGCGGCUCUAUAAGGUGGAGCUGAAGAGGGUCCAGCAGUAUGAGGUGGAUGUGACACUCGAUCCUGAUACAGCAAAUCCCUAUCUCAUCCUGUUUGAUGAUGGAAAACAAGUUAAAUACGGUGAUGCAAAGAAGAAUCUCCCAGACACUCCAGAGAGAUUUACUAAGUAUAGUAUUGUUUUAUCAAAGCAGAGUUUCUCUUCAGGCAGAUUUUACUACGAGGUUCAGGUUAAAGGGAAGAUUGAGUGGAAUUUAGGAGUGGCCAGAGGGUCGAUCGACAGGAAGGGAGAAAUCGCUCUGUGUCCUCAGAAAGGUUUGUGGACGAUAUGUUUGAGGAAUGAAAAUGAGUACAAAGCUGGUGUUGGCCCAGGAGUUCGUCUCUCUCUGAAGUCUGGUCCUAAGAAGGUGGGGGUGUUUGUGGAUUAUGAGGAGGGUCUGGUCUCCUUUUAUGACGUCGAUGCUACAGCUCUGAUCUACUCCUUCACUGGCUGCUCCUUCACUGAGAAGCUCUACCCAUACUUUUGUCCCUUUCCUAACAAUGGUGGUAAAAACUCUGCCCCUCUGAUCAUCUCUCCUGUCAAUCAAACUGAAUAGAGCAACCAUUGAGUUUCAUCAGGUUCAUGUCAGAGAUAAUGUCAGACUUUGACUGUUCUGGUCAGUAAAAAGGAUCUUUGUUAAGCAGAGAGAUUGUUAUACAACACUUUGGCUCAGCUGUUAACAAACAUACAAACAAUAUGCAGCAAGAAUCAUCAUGAAGGACUUUGUAUACAGUUGACAUGAGGUAGAUAGUUUCAAACAC